ACAACUAGAUCAAAGGAGACUGCCAAGUUGCGGAAGUGCGCGCUCUGUCUGCAGAGAAUGACACCUUGAAAUGCAUUAGGACCUUGAAGAAACUGGCUUAUUACUUAAUUAUGAGCGCAGCCGGUAUCGACCAAUGGAGUUGGGGUUGUGCUAAUGAAACAAAUAUCUGUUCCACUGAACUGACGCUGUUUCGAAUUCAGUAGUUACCAGCGUUGUCCUGAGCGAGACCAAUCGGUAUUUACAUGCGUCUGGUUGGUCGACUGGCACGUUUCUCGAGUUAUGGGCGCAUUACAGUCAUUAUCUGAUGAACCAGAAUACAGAGAAUUGUCAGAGAAGACGGGCUUUUCCUUCGAACAAAUUGGAAUCCUGCACAAAAGAUUCAAGCAGUUGAGCCACAAUGAAGACAUGCUGAGGAGAGCUGACCUCGACACAAUUCCAGACCUGGCAUGCAAUCCAAUCCGCACCCAAAUUAUAGAGGCCUUCUUUGACAAAAGAAACUUCCAUCAGAAUGGUGACGGGACGGUCGAGGAGAUCAGCUUUGAGGAGUUCCUUGUGGUGAUGUCCCACUUCAGACCUCCAGCACUGAACAUGACAGAGGAACAGAGAGAGAAGGUCAGGAGGGAGAAACUCCGCUUCCUGUUUAACAUGCACGACACAGACAACGAUGGAACAAUCACUCUGGAGGAGUAUCGACAUGUAGUGGAGGAGCUGCUGUCUCGGAGCGGAGCCCUGGAAAAGGAAACAGCAAAAGGAAUAGCAGAUGCUGCCAUGCUGGAGGUGGCCAGUAUUUCCAUGGGUCACAUGGAACCAGAUGAGUUUUACGAGGGGAUCACUUUUGAACAUUUUCUAAAGAUACUGAAAGAUAUUGAGAUCGAGAUGAAAAUGAACAUUCGCUUUUUGAAUAUGGACACGACGACCCUGUGCAAGUGAGGAUCUUCCACUUUAUUUUAUUACUAUGAUGCACAAGCACUCUUCUAUGGUCUUUUUAUUUAGUGGCCAGAUAGGGCAUACUUUACCUUCUCAGACCAACUAUUACAAAGCUCUGUUUAAUAGUUUUGGGUGACGGUUUAAGCUUCUACUAACACACACUUUAUGUUUUUACACAUUUAUUGGAUAAAAACAUAUUUAUGUGCAACUAUGCAAAUAUACACAGAUUAGCAGUAGGUAUGUUAUGAAUUUAGCAUGCCUGUAUCACUCCAUAUUUUAUGCAAGAGUGUUCACAAUGCUCUAAAUGCCAUGAAUCAAUCAUAAAUUCAAUAAUCAUGCAACAAUCCAAUAAUAACAAUGUAAUAAGCCAGUAAUAAAGUGAUAGCCAAUUAUGCAGCUCCAUGAUUGAAGUGAAUGCAAUUUACCUCCUAGUAUAUCUAGGGCACUGUGUGGAAUAAGCUACAAACAUUUGCACGUCUCUUCUAUACCGUCAUGCACACCUAAACUGGUUUGCUGCCACUGCCAUCAGUUUGGAUCAAAACAGGUUAGAAUUUCCAUGUUCAUUAAAAAGUCACUGACCAAUAGAAACAAAGUACUUAUUUCCAAAGUUUAACUGACCAGCCUAGCAGUAUAGCAUACUGCACAUGUCCUGUGGCAAGACCCUCCUCAUAUUGAGAUAGUAGUUUCAAGUAAAAUGCGCGUUAGACUUGUGCAAAUGUUUUGAGAAUCAAGCCCACACAAACAAGCAUUUGUUGACUGUUAGAAAUGGGAACAAUGAUAUGCAACUUGUCUGUGCUGCCCUCUAGAGACCAAAGAAUGUGAAGUCUAUCCCAUUCCCACAUUUAAUCAUCUCUAUACUGCCUAUGUUAUUGUUUGGUUUGCAUGUGUUUGAUGCCAUUCCAUUUGCUCCAUUCCUGCCAUUUAUUAUGAGCCGUCCUCCCCUCAGCAGCCUCCUGUGGACUAAAUGGCAUGCAUUCAUUGAAUUAAUUUGGCCUUAAUCAGUUGCAGAUCAAAUGUAUUUUAUAAUAAUAAUAAUAAUAUGCCAUUUAGCAGACACUUUUAUCCAAAGCGACUUACAGUCAUGUGUGCAUACAUUCUACGUAUUUUAAGUAGGCACCAGCAAAUACUGCAGCCUGCCGAUAUCUUGAUUGCAUCUACAGAUUUUAGCAUGUCUUGGUGUUUGAAUUUCCAUACACACUGUAUAUUUGUACUGGAAAAUACAAUAUUUUCAUUCCGAUUUGGGAUUUUAUUGUAGCAAGGAAUAAUGUAAAUGAUGUGGCCUUCUCUUUUUAUUGAGAACAUUAAAAUAGGAAACCGCUCACCAAAAGUGUAUAAUUUUUGAAUGAUUAUGUACUGUAGGAAUUGGAGUGUGUUUAGUUUUGCUUUUAAGAAAAUAAUUGUAUUAUCAGACAGCCUUGGAGAGGGAUCUAUAAUGAAACUUGAAUUUGCUUUGUGCUUAAUCAAAUCAAGUGGGGGCAGCACAUAGCCUUGGGGCUAGAGGUGUGAGCCAGCAACCAGAGGGGGGGGUUCCGCUUUGGGCUGAAUGUGUCAAUGUUUUGUUCAUUUGAAAUCGACUGUUUUUCUGGAAGAUAUAUAUAUAUAUAUAUAUAUAUAUAUUAGUUGGACCUUGUUUGCAAUUGACCAAUAAAGUGAUAUUAAUCAUAGUGAA